AUGUUCAGAGGCCGGACAGCAGUGUUUGCUGAUCAAGUGAUAGUUGGCAAUGCCUCUUUGCGGCUGAAAAACGUGCAACUCACAGAUGCUGGCACCUACAAAUGCUAUAUCAUCACUUCUAAAGGCAAGGGGAAUGCUAACCUUGAGUAUAAAACUGGAGCCUUCAGCAUGCCGGAAGUGAAUGUGGACUAUAAUGCCAGCUCAGAGACCUUGCGGUGUGAGGCUCCCCGAUGGUUCCCCCAGCCCACAGUGGUCUGGGCAUCCCAAGUUGACCAGGGAGCCAACUUCUCAGAAGUCUCCAAUACCAGCUUUGAGCUGAACUCUGAGAAUGUGACCAUGAAGGUUGUGUCUGUGCUCUACAAUGUUACGAUCAACAACACAUACUCCUGUAUGAUUGAAAAUGACAUUGCCAAAGCAACAGGGGAUAUCAAAGUGACAGAAUCUGAGAUCAAAAGGCGGAGUCACCUACAGCUGCUAAACUCAAAGGCUUCUCUGUGUGUCUCUUCUUUCUUUGCCAUCAGCUGGGCACUUCUGCCUCUCACCCCUUACCUGAUGCUAAAAUAAUGUGCCUCGGCCACAAAAAAGCAUGCAAAGUCAUUGUUACAACAGAUCUCCAGACCCUGCCUGGCCACGAUUCAAAUUAAGGCAACAAACAUAUACCUUCCAUGAAGCACACACAGACUUUUGAAAGCAAGGACAAUGACUGCUUGAAUUGAGGCCUUGAAGAAUGAAGCUUUGAUGGGAAAGAGUACUUUGUUUCCAGCCCCCUUGCCACACUUUUCAUGUGUUAACCACUGCCUUCCUGGACCUUGGAGCCACGGUGACUGUAUUACAU